AUGCACCCCCUCUGGGAUCCGCAGGAGAUCAAACUGGAAGACAGACGGCCAAGCCUGGGAACUCUUCAGACAGAGUCAGAUCCAUCCCUGCACACAGUAGUGACACCCCUUAGACACGCCACGCAGUCGAGAGGGGCAGGAUUUCCAGCUGCUUCGUCAGCCAGUGAGACUUCUGGGGCACAGCAGCUACUGAAGCAGAGUGCUCAGGCUCGCUCACAGAUGACGUGGUCCACCCGAGCUGCAGCUGGAGUGGGGGAGAUGGGCAGCGAGAGUGGGCCUUCGUCGUUGAUGGUGGACCCGCAGCCAAGCGAGCCCCAGGCAGCUGCUGAGGAUCCUGAGGAGGAGGAGGGCGACAGCGAUGACCCGACUGAGAAGCGCCAGCUGAAGAACCAGCCGCGCCGGCCACACUUGCAGGGCAGGUUCAGUGGCCGCCUGGAGACAAAGGAGGACGAGAAAAGGCUGGCAGAUGAAUGCCGCAUGCUAGGGCCCUUCCUGGGAGGGGUGGGCAAGCGUGGGGAGAGGAGCCGCCUCACCCUCGCCAAGAUUGUGCGAGGGAUUGCGUCUGGUGAUGUCAGGCGUCACUGUGAGGACAGGGAGCGCAAAUUGGCGGCUUCUCUGGCCCCUCAAGACAAUGCAGUGGCUAGGACCACCAGUGCUGAUGGCCGCCUUGUCAAGAGCGCAAGCGGCGUAGCAAUGGUCCUGGUGUCCGGCCCUCCCGCGGCAACACCUGCUAGCAGCGCACAUGCCGAUCACUUGCAAGAGCAAAGUCAGCAGGCGCAAUCGGAGCCUGUGCAGGUUCAAGCAGCUGUGCAGGCCCAGAGCUUCCAGGCCAAGGCCCAGAGCCUGGAGAAGGCAGCGGAAGCACAGAAUCUGCAGGCACAGGCUGUUGCGCACGCUCAGGCGCAGGCAGAUGCGCAUGCCCAAGCACAGCACCUGGCUGCCAAGGCGCAUGUGCAUGCUCAAGCUCACAUGGAAGCAGCGGCGCAAGCUCACCAUCUGAAGAGUGCUGCUCAAUAUGAUGGUGAGCACGCCCAGCAAGUCGUGGCGCAGACGCAGCAUCUUGAGGCAAAAGCGCAAGGGCAUGCACAGGCGCAAUCGCAGCUGGUGGUUCACGCGCACAACUUAACGGCAAAAGCGCAUGCGCAUGCCAAUGCACAGGCGCAGGCGCAGGCGCAGGCCCAGCAGGCAGCUGAGGAGGCCUGCCAUCUCGAUGCGGCGGCCCAACAGCUUCAAGCUGAGGCGCAUCUUGUUGCAUCCAAGGGGCCGAUGGGUGCACGUCAGCACCAUCCUGACCAGCAGUACGCUGACGUGAGUGCCUCCAUGGCCGGCAGUAUGAGCGAUCUGCGGAGUGCUGCAAGCCUGCAGCGCGACCAUGUUGUCAGCGGCAUGCAACCACAGCAGGCAGUUCAUAUCCAGGGAUGCUCCCCUCUGCAGGGUACCGCCCUGGGCAUUCCCCACAGCGAGCUCGAUGACAGCCAGCUCAUCCUUGCAGCCGCAGAGGUCCGCUUUGAAGAUCGCGUGGCCAUGGCAGAUUCGCAGCCCAGUCUGCCUGAAAGGUGUGAUGUGCUCUUCAACGGAAGCCAGCAGUAUGUUGCGGCACAGCACCAGGAAUUGCAGCGUCACGCAAUGGCUCAGGCGGCACCAUCAGCUCUGCACCUGGCCGCCCCAGCCCCAGGACAGCUCAUUCAGAUGGCCCCUGGAAUUCAGCACAGCCUUGAUCCUUCAGUUCAGCAGGGAGUGCCGCCUGGUGCUGUCGUGAUACCAGCAGACCUAGGGAACCAUGCCAAUUCUGUGCAGCCUCAGGUGAUGCACUAA